UUUUUUUUUAAUGGUUGAACUGAAUGGACUUUUGUCUUUUUUCAGCCAGGCCAAGGGCGGACUGACCAUUUGGAAACUCGAGCAACACCCGAGGGCCCGGGGUCAGUAGGGGGCCCCAUGAGAUGCCCCUGGUACCUUUUUCAUAGGCUUUUUGGAGUUUGGGCAAGGACACAGGGGCCCCAUGAUCCCCUAUCGCCCGGGGGCCCCAUGAGUUGUCAGUCUGCCCCUGACCUCAACACAUACUGCUCUCUAUUUCUCUCAAAAAUGUCUUAAAUUUGUUAUUUUUUUACUGUUUUUUCAGUUCAUUCUGGGCAUUUUGGAAGGCUUUUUGGAGUUUGGGCAAGGACACAGGGGCCCCAUGAUCCCCUAUUGCCCGGGGGCCCCAU